AGCGAUUCCGACUAAGAGAAUCGCGGUCCGAUGUUCGGGAUGUGGAGAGAUCCGCAUCGAAUAUACCCGAGGGUUCAAGCUACAUAUGCUCUGACGCACCUUCUACCUGUAAGGGACAUCCUCUUUUGAUAACACGAGGUUAUCACGACAGAGCGCAUCUUAAGCACCUAGCUAGGUAGCCAUCGGCCCGGCCUCUGGAACGCAUAGACAAUCGAGUCAGCUCGUAUCUAUCCCCCUUACAUCCAUCCAGCACUAACCCUCCGCGCAGGCUACACGCACACAAACCCACCUAGUGAGCAACAGGAAUAGGUAAAAGUUGAAGUAAAUAAAAAAAUAAAAAAAAAAAAUAAAAAAUGCGCCUCCCAUACACCCCCAACCCGCCCGUCCCGACCACGGACGAGGACGCGGCGAUCGUAUCGCGGAUGGCGGCGCGCCGGGCCCCGCGGCCGCUGCAGCCCCUGGACCUGGCGCUGCUGCACGCGCCGCCCGUGGCGGACGGGUGGAACGCGUUCCUGGGCGCGGUGCGGACGCGCACGUCGCUCGGCGCGGCCGUCCGCGAGCUGGCCAUCUGCCGCGUGGCCGUCGUCAACGGCGCGUGGUACGAGUGGGCGCACCACGCGCCGCUGGCGGUCGGGGCGGGGGUCAGCGAGGCCGGGAUCGGGGUCGUUGGGAGGGAGGUUUUGGUCGCUGGGGAUGGGGAGAAGGCGAAGAGGGAGGCGUUGGGGGCUGGGCUGAGCGAGCGCGAGUGGGUCGUCUUAAAGUACGCGGAUGAGAUGACGCGCAACGUGCGGGUUUCCGACGAGACGUUUGCGGAGCUCAAGGGCUUGUUUAGCGAGAGGGAGGUUGUGGAGGUUACUGCUACGGUUGCGGCUUACAACUGCGUCAGCAGGUUCCUUGUCGCUCUGGACGUGGGUGAGAGGAAUGGGACUGGACCGGAUGACGUUGCUGGGCACUGACGGGCGAUGUGCUGUGCUCGAAAUUUAAACAUCAUAAAAUCGUGUAUAGAAGCCAAUCUAAUGGUAUAAAUGGAGUCACCAUAUCCAUCGCGCGAAAGCCACAU